AUGCCUUCAACAUUCAGCCAGGCAUUUCCCCCAGCGCCAACCUUUACAGAAAAAAAUGUCGGCAACCUCGAGGGCAAGGUUUUCAUCGUUACUGGUGCAGCAUCGGGCGUAGGAUACGAGCUCGCCAAGCUGCUCUACGGCCAAAACGGCCACGUCUACGUCGCCGCCCGCUCCUCAGAAGCAAAGGUCGCCUGGCUCCUCUGCUCCUCGACCUGGCGGACUUUCCCACCGUCAAGAAGGCCGCCAAUGAAUUUUCUUCAGAAGGAGGACCGCUUAGAUGUCCUGGUUCACAAUGCCGGCGUGAUGACUCCACCAGCUGACAGCAAGGACAAGCUGGGCCACGAUCUCGAAAUGGCGACCAAUUGCCUUGGUCCCUUCCUCUUGAAUCAUCUCCUGGAGCCAAUCUUGAUUCGUACCGCGCAGGCACAAUCAACUCCCGACCAUGUGCGUAUCGUCUGGCUUUCCUCCAUGAUAACAGCUUCGGUGCCACCUGGUGGUAUCCAGUUUGAUGAGAAGAGCGGCAGUCCCAAGGUCUUGAAGAAUGCGAUGCAAAACUACAUGCAGAGUAAGGUCGGCAACCUGUUUCUUGCGUCGGAGGCUGCAAAGCGUCUAGGUAGACAAGGUGUCAUCAGCAUGAGCGUGAAUCCAGGCCUGAUGAAGACCGAGCUGCAGCGUCAUAGUCCCAAGAUGCAAAGCGUUAUCAUGGGUAUCCUCUUCAAACCCCCCUUGUUCGGCGCGUAUAGCGAGCUCUUCGCCGCACUCUCGCCCAAUAUCACAGCCAAGCAUAACGGUGGCUUCAUCAUCCCCUGGGGCCGCUUCGGCGACAUCCCGAGCACAUCGAGAAAGGGCUCAAGCCGCAGUCGGAGGGCGGUACCGGGGCUGCGCAAAAGUUCUGGAGCUGGUGCGAGAAGGAGACAGAACGUUAUUUCUGAGGUGUGGUGCAUGCGGGCUGCAGGGUAG